AGACAGUCAUUUUGACUCUGCAUUGCUCGCUUCUCGGUCGACUCAUUUUAUUCAAUGCUUUUUCGAGAAAAUUGUAUCUCUGGUUGCAAUUGAAUGUGAAAGGGUAUGGAUUUGUGUAUCAAUGGGCGGGUCGUAAAGAUGGAUUGGCAAGGACAAAAGCUGGUGGAGCAAUUAAUGCAGAUACUGCUGGUGAGCUUUUCUGUUGUAGCAUUCAUCACAGGCUAUGUGUUGGGUUCGUUUCAGAUCAUGCUGUUAGUAUACGCUGGUGGUGUUGUCUUUACAGCGCUAGUCACCAUUCCUAACUGGCCAGUCUACAAUCGCCACCCUCUGAGUUGGUUGGACCCAAGUGAGGCCGAAAAGCAUCCAAAGCCACAGAUUACUAACCCCAGUACCAAGAAGAAGGCUGCCAAGAAGUAGGUUAUUUAGCUGAUUUUCACGUCCCUUCUACUUAAAGGUUUAUGGUGAUGUAGUGGAUAAAAUUGUUGGCGGCUUUAUUUCCCUUUUCUUUUAUGACAUGAACUGAACACCUGGUUGCCCCGCAUGAUUGUUGUUAGGUCAACACAUUGGCUAAAGAAAGAAUCAGUUUUUACAUUGC